GUGAAUUCCUGGAUCAGCUGACGAACCAGCGCCAUGCGAGUCGGCUCCGCGAGCAGCAGUACGCAUGCUCCGUGUGUAAGAUCCGGGCUUGGGGCAGGAUGAAUGCUAAUUUUCAAGAUGGCGGCGGAGGGAGGAGGGAAGGAGAUGAACGAAAUUAAAACUCAGUUCACCACCCGGGAAGGCGUCUACAAACUCCUCACUCACUCCGAAUAUAGCCGCCCCAACAGGGUGCCUUUCAAUUCCCAGGGCUCUAACCCCGUCAAAGUCUCCUUCGUCAACGUCAACGACCAGUCUGGUAACGGCGACAGAAUCUGUUUCAAUGUGGGCCGGGAGCUAUACUUUUAUAUCUACAAAGGCGUCAGAAAGGCUGCUGAUUUAAGUAAACCUAUAGACAAAAGGAUAUACAAGGGAACACAACCCACCUGCCAUGACUUCAACCACCUGACGGCUACUGCAGAGAGUGUGUCCCUGCUUGUGGGUUUCUCUGCAGGACAAGUGCAACUCAUAGAUCCCAUCAAGAAAGAAACUAGCAAACUGUUUAAUGAAGAAAGGCUAAUAGACAAGUCUCGAGUCACUUGUGUAAAAUGGGUGCCGGGCUCUGAGAGUCUUUUUCUUGUAGCUCAUUCCAGCGGCAAUAUGUACUUGUAUAAUGUGGAACACACUUGCGGAACAACAGCUCCACACUACCAGCUGCUGAAACAGGGUGAAAACUACGCAGUCCACACUUGUAAGAGCAAAUCCACGAGGAACCCUUUGUUGAAAUGGACUGUUGGAGAGGGUGCGCUCAACGAGUUUGCUUUCUCCCCAGAUGGGAAGUUCUUAGCUUGUGUGAGUCAAGAUGGCUUCCUGCGAGUAUUUAAUUUUGACUCAGUGGAGCUGCACGGGACAAUGAAAAGCUACUUUGGGGGUUUGCUGUGUGUUUGCUGGAGUCCGGAUGGCAAGUACAUUGUCACCGGUGGGGAGGAUGACCUGGUAACUGUUUGGUCUUUUUUGGACUGCAGAGUAAUAGCGAGAGGUCAUGGACACAAAUCUUGGGUGAGUGUAGUGGCUUUUGACCCUUACACUACUAGCGUGGAAGAAAGCGACCCCAUGGAAUUCAGUGGCAGUGAUGAGGACUUCCAGGACCAAAUCCACUUUGGCCGAGACCGGGCGAACAGCACGCAAUCCAGACUAUCCAAAAGGAAUUCCACGGAUAGCCGCCCGGUCAGCGUCACAUACAGGUUUGGUUCCGUCGGACAGGACACGCAGUUGUGUUUAUGGGACCUCACAGAAGACAUCCUCUUCCCCCACCUCCCUCUGUCCCGGACGAGGACACAUACAAACGUCAUGAACGCCACCAGCCCGCCGCCUGCCGGCAGCGGGGGGAACAACCCGGGAAGCAAUGGCAACAGCAGCAUCAGCAGCACCCCGGGCAACUCCGUGCCCACCCAGCUGCCUCGGUCCAACAGCCUCCCGCACUCGGCGGCAGCCACCUCCAACAGCAAGAGCAGCGUCAUGGACAGCGCCAUCGCGGCCGGCGUCAGCAAGUUCGCGACGCUCUCGCUGCACGACCGCAAGGAGCGGCACCACGAGAAGGAUCACAAAAGGAACCACAGUAUGGGACACAUAACCAGCAAAAGCAGCGAUAAGCUGAACCUGGUCACGAAAACAAAAAUGGACCCUGCAAAAACUCUGGGAACAAACCUUUGUCCUCGGAUGGAAGAUGUUCCCUUGUUAGAGCCUCUUAUCUGUAAAAAGAUAGCACAUGAAAGACUCACUGUCUUGAUAUUUCUUGAGGACUGUAUAGUAACUGCCUGUCAGGAGGGAUUUAUUUGCACUUGGGCGAGGCCUGGCAAAGUGGGUUUAUUGUCAUCCCAAAACCAAGCCAACUCUCCCAGCGGGACUGUAGUAUAGCCAUCAUGAUUCUGCUGCUAAGAAACCUUCGUCACACAGACGUAUUGACGCCAGAGCCGGGCGCUGUUCUUCACCCGCACAGCAUUGCAAGUUUUUUUUUCUUUUCUGAAAUGGCCUAGCGCGGCUUAGCAGCCAACAAGCACGAAUGAAAGGGUGAGGUGCAAUUCUGGACGAAGGGUAAAAAUCGUCCUGGAAACUCGAAGAAACAAACAGGAUUUUUUUUUUCUGUCAUUCCCUUCACCCCCUCCCUCCCAACCCUUCCCCUUCCUCACACACACACACACCCUUCCCGUCUGUGUUUUUUACCUUCAUCUUUCACUGGAGUUGCAGGGCAGAGCUUGAGAAAAUUGGAAGCAAAGUGAUCUGCCAUUUUCUCAACUGGGUGUUUCUAUUAUCUCUAAAUGUGUAGCUUUAUCACAUAUAUAUUAUAAAGAGAGAAAGAAACGGAAGAAAAGUGAAGAACUGCUUCCCCCUCAGAAAAUCCUGUAAGUUAAAUGGUUUUUGUUUAGUCUCACCAUUGAAUACUUUGCACUGAUUUUUUUUGUUUUAUUUUAUAACUAUAAUGGAACAAAGAAUUCCUUGAAGACAGCCUGGAUGCACUUGGGAUAUGGCAGGUCAUUAUCUUCUGACUUGGAAUUUUGAAUCGGAAAGCUGGAUGCUGCAAUCAUAGUUUUUUUUUAAAAAGAAAAAAGAAGAUUUGUUUGCACUUAAUAGUUUGUUAGAAGAGAAUGGCUUUACAUUGUGGGGUGUGCAAGGACUCCCAGACAGCUAUAAGGUGGAGAAAAUAUUAAAAAAUUAAAACCUUUGUAUCUAUUGAGCAUUUAUUUUAAUAUUGUUUCAAAUUACAAUCGGCUCUGUAUUAUAUGUAUAAAUAUUGUAAUUCAGUGAUUGAUGGGGCAGAAAUUGAUCAUUACACUAGUGGAAGUUCAUCUUCAUUAAAGCAAAAUAGUGAUAUUUCUAAUGCAGAAAAAUUAUACAUAUUAAUAAUAUUAAAACAAUCUUGAAUAUGCAGGUUUUUGUUUUCUUUUCUGUUGUACAAAAGAUCAUUCAGAUGUAUUUUUCUUAAUUAAAUGUUUGGUAUAGGAAGAACUCUUUGUAUCAAAUACUCUUAUCUCCAAGAUAAAGCUGAAUUGCUUACUUGUUACAGAUUUACAAUAUGUACAGAAUAGUUGGAUGGAGUAACAGUCAAACUCAGCAAUUAUUUGAAGCUCAGGAAGUCUGCAGACUAAAACACUGAAAUAAACAUUUUGCUUAACAUCA